AUGGCAUCCUUAUCAUCGCUGUCGCUGUGGCCGUCACUAGCAGCUAAACCAUUUUUCUUUUCACUACCACAAAGCUGCAGCCCUUUACUUAGGCAAACGCAAACCCCCACAACAAAACUACUAGGACAAAAUGGAUUCUUUAAUUGCAAGGAGGAAAAAUAUAAAAGGUUAUCACCCAUUGUGUGCUUUCGCCCCGCUUCUGAUGACGGAGAAGACACACCACAAGGGGCAAAGAAUCAGAAGAGGGUUCAGUUUUGGAGGAGAAUGGCGAAAUCUUUGGAAGUGGCGCCUGGUUCGCGGAUAGUGACGGUGGUCUUGUUUCCGUUGGCACAUUGCCUUUGUCUGUUUGCCCCGUUUUGUUUCAGUUGGGAUGCUUUUGGCGUUGCGUUUGGGUUGUACAUCGUCACUGCGCUGGGUAUUAGUCUCUCUUAUCAUAGGAAUCUGAGUCACAGAAGUUUCAAGCUUCCCAAAUGGCUCGAGUACUUUUUUGCCUAUUGCAGUGUUCCUUCAGGUCUCAUCUUAUCAAAUAACUAG